CCGCCCCCCUACAGGUUUGCAGUCUCAGCACCCAAAGGGAUGGUUCUGCUCUGUCCCGUGGGGUCUCUGUGAGCUGGAAUGGGGUCGGUGGUGGUGGGUGUGGCCCGUGGGAGACCCCGGCCCAGGGGCCAGGUGCUUGGGCUCCCAGUGCCCGCCUGCUCAGCCCGGAGCUCUGGUUGGAGCUGUGGAGAAGCAGGCAGGUGGCUGGCGUGUGGUGGCAGUGCAGUGUCGGCAGCACUCAGAGGGGCUGGCCUCUGGCUUCUCCCCCAGUGUGCGCAGGGGGGCCUCGAGGACCCCAAGAGCGUGGCGCACCACAAGCUCCUGCACGCGGCCUCCGAGAGGGUGCUGAGCGACUCCAAGACCAUCUCGGAAGAGAACGUCCAUGAUAAAGAUGUCUUAUUACUGAUCAAGAGGCGGACCCCGGCCCCUCUCCCUAAGAUGACCGAUGUCUCCACAGACGAGAAGAACAAGGCAGACCAGACGGCCCCGGACAGGGAUGCCAUCUUCCGAGCCACGGCCAACCUGCCCUCCCACAACCUGGACCGGGCCGCAGUGCCCACCAGCACGCGCGAUGUGAGUGCCCGCCCAGGGCCCAGCUAUGUGUGUGCCCCCACCCUUGAGCCACACGAAGGGCACACCUGGUGGGGAGUGGCGGCUUCCAUGUGUGAGUUUGGGAAAGGCUUCAGGAUGCUGCUCAUGAGCCAGGCACAGCUCUGUGGCCGCCCUGCCCCGGCGCCAGCUGACGCCUGUGUGGUUCCCACGCAGGCUCUGGUUGCCCUGAUGGAGAUGGGCUUCGGGGAGAAGGAAGUGAUGGAUGCCCUGCGCGUGAACAACAACCAGCAGAACGACGCAUGUGAGUGGCUACUGGGAGACCGGAAGCCAUCCCCCGAGGAGCUGGACAAAGGCAUGGACCCUGAGAGCCCCCUGUUCCAAGCCAUCCUGGACAACCCUGUGGUGCAGCUGGGGCUGACCAACCCAAAGACACUGCUGGCGUUCGAGGACAUGCUGGAGAACCCGCUCAACAGCACGCAGUGGAUGAAUGACCCCGAGACGGGCCCCGUGCUGCUGCAGAUCUCACGCAUCUUCCAGACCCUGAACCGCUCGUAGCUGCUGCCACCGCCGCCCUGCCAGGGGCUCCAGCUGGCCAGCAGGGCACCGGUGCCUUCUGCCUCGCCCGACGGGGCUUUUGCACCUGCUUUUAAUUCUGCUCCAUACCGGCCUGUCAUGGAGUGGGCACGUUGCCUGGGCACCCGGCCCUGUUGGCAGGGGGCUGCUGUCCACGGGGAAGGGGGAGGGGGCUUUGGGAGCCACCCUGGUCCCCACUGUAGGGACCGGUCCUUGUGUUUGGAAGGAGGCAUGUCUCAGCGAAGUGUUCUUCCAGCAGACGUGUUCAGUGGGUGGGCGGGGGCUGUUUCAAAGCUGGUUUUCUGUAUUAAACACCCUUUUCCUA